CUUCCGGGUGACAACCACUGCUAGUCUGCUACUGUAGGCGUUUGAUUGGUUCGACUAGAAUGCCUUUUUGGGGGGAAUAAAAUAAAUUGUGAUUGUUUUUAUAUAGCCAGGAUGGAUAUACUUAAAGCUGAGAUCGAGAGGAAGAGGAAACUCAUCGAGGAGAAACAACUUGUUGACGACUCCAAAAAGUUCUUCAAAAGGGCAGAUCUCACACGCAAGGAGCAGGAGGACUACUUCCAGAGAUGUGGCUAUAAGGUUCAGAGAGAGACUCCUGACAGUCAGAUUGACAAAAAAGAAGAUGAAGUUUCCACCUCAGCUAAUCCAGUGUUGGAGCUGGAACUAACUGAAGAAAAGCUACCCAUGACGCUGUCGCGGCAGGAGGUCAUCCGGCGGCUGAGGGAACGAGGCGAGCCAAUCCGUCUGUUCGGAGAGUCCGACUAUGACGCCUUCCAGAGACUCCGCAAGAUUGAGAUUCUGACUCCAGAAGUAAACAAGGGUUUGAGGAAUGACCUUAAGGCGGCCAUGGACAAGAUUGACCAGCAAUACCUGAAUGAAAUUGUCGGCGGGACAGAGCCGGGAGAACUCGACACGCAGCUUGACCUCAAAGUGCACGAAGAAAACACCACAAUAGAAGAACUGGAGGCACUUGGCAAAACUCUGGGCAAAGGAGACGACGACAGAGACCAGGAUGUUAUCGACAAGUUCCUGAGUGUAAGACUAAUGAAGCCAAUCGCAGCUCAGUUCCUUCUCGGCGUUUGGGCGAAAGAUCUGAACAGUCGCGAGGAUCAUGUGAAGCGCAGCGUUCAGGGGAAGCUGGCCAGUGCCACCCACUCGCAGACCGAGUCGUACCUCAAACCUCUCUUCAGGAAGCUCAGGAAGAAGAAUUUGCCGGCUGAUAUCAAAGAAUCCAUCACUGACAUCAUCAAAUUCAUGCUGGAGAGGGAAUAUGUUAAGGCAAAUGAUGCGUAUCUCCAGAUGGCCAUCGGAAACGCACCCUGGCCUAUCGGCGUGACCAUGGUGGGUAUCCACGCCCGUACGGGCCGAGAGAAGAUCUUCUCCAAGCACGUGGCCCACGUCCUCAACGAUGAAACCCAGAGGAAGUAUAUUCAGGGACUAAAGAGGCUGAUGACCAUCUGCCAAAAACACUUUACGACGGAUCCAUCGAAGUGUGUGGAGUACAACGCUCUUUAAUGUCCUGCUGCAAGUAAACAUUGGGAAUUUCCAAGCAGCUGGAUCAUGUCAAGACACCAGCUUGUUGCAGAAUUGACUGACGGAGAUUACACGAAGCCACUUGUGCACGUUUAUCUUCAGAUGCGUCACGACGCUCAUGGGUUUGCGCAACAUCUCAUUUUCAAUAGUAAAAAAACAGCCAUUUGGUCUUUUGAGAGCAUGCAUGUAUAAUGAUGAAUCCUCUGCAGAUUUCUUUCUUCUUUCAGGAAACAUUUACUAUUAUGCUUUUACUGUGAGCCACGAUGCUGUGUAAAGUGGAAGAUCCUGUAGUGUAAGUUUUAUUACACCCACCAACCACUGCAGAAUCAGGUGUGUGUAUCUUUUGUUGAGUUUGGUGUUUUAAGCCAAUAAGCUCAGGAGAAUUUAGUAGGAAGUCAUAUAAAAUUGUAAACUUAAUGUAACGUACUCUAAAGUCAGGUUUUUUGUUUUGUUAAAAUACUAUUAUUUGUUGUAAUUUACAAGCUGUUUUUUUUUUUUUUAAUUUGUGCGCCAUGUAUGUCACAUUGAAUUACACACUAAUUAGUACAUUUUUCAUACAAAAGUCUACUGAAUGCUCAUGAGAUUGGGCUCUUAUCUGGUUUCUCUGUGACAUUAUUUUUUUCUGACAAAUGUCAUUUUCAAAGCAAUGUUUUUUAUUUUAUUUUUAUUUUUUUUAAAGAAAGUAUCUGAUAUAUUCUGCUAAUUAAUGCAUUUUUUGGUCCAAAAUCCUACUAAAUAAUGAGAUUGGGCUCUUAUCAGAUUGCUGGCAUUUUUUUCCCCUUAUGAAUUUUAUUCUCAAAACAUUAAAGAAAUCCAGAUAUUUGUAAUAAAUUAUGCUAAUUAAUGUGUGUCUUUGUACACAAUCCUGCUAAAUUCUCAGAGAUUAGGCUCUUUUGUCUGAUUUCUCUGUUACAUCAUAUUGUUCUUACUAAAUAAAUGUGUACUGGUUGAGACCUUUGCUGCUGUCCUUAGCCACCAGCAAAACGAUCUGUACAAAACAAUUAUUCCAUCAAAGUGUUUUCAGUUGUUGUGAUGCGCUCUGCCAGAUGCUAAUCCUAUCCAGCUGAGAUGUUUUCACAAUUUUUUCUCCUGAAUUUUUUUUAAACCAACACUUUCUCGGUAACUUCAAAUCAUGUCUUAUUUUGCAUUAAUUGUUUUUUUAUAUAAAAAAUUUAAAACCACCAAACUCUUGAAUAAGCAGGGAUACACUGCCAAUAACCAUUUUUGGGGUUGGUUCCCCCCAAAAAAAGAAAAAAAAAAAAGGGGGGGGUGGGGAAUCAGCAAAUAGGCGAGGCCGCGGGUCCUGAAACCUGAGUAUUAGUAUUCUACUAAUUGAAGCAGGUUUUUUUUGUACAAAAUCAUACGGAAUUCUCACAGCAUUGUGGAUUUUUAUAUACAAAAUCAAAUUAGAUUCUCACGGCAUGAGGCUCUUACCUUUUUUCAAUAGCAAAUUCCAAA